UCGGUUUGAAAUGAGCCGAGAGGAGAAAGAGGAGCGGAGAGGAAUGACGGAGUUCACGGGCUUAACUCCAAAAACACGGACUUCAGAUUUUAAUACGCAGAGAGGAGUACUAGAGGGAGUGUAUAGAAGUUGUUUAGCAUGAGCGAGAAACUUUAGAGAGUUUUUUGGGGACACGCAGAGAGGUUGACGGGGCAGUCUGAGGGCUCAACAUGGAUGUCCGGGGAGCAACGGUGCGGCUCUGAGGAGGAAUUAAGGCCGUUUCUGGUUAUUUCUGUCCGUGAGUUUGUUUGACGGAGUUGAGGAGGAUUUUAAAGCUUGCAGCCUAUUAACCAGGCUUCAAAUUCAAGUAAAUCUGUGAAUUGUCGCCACCGUUAGCUAAGAUGUUGAGGCUCUGGCGGCGAGACGUACCGCUCUCAGAGAGGCUGGGGGAGGACUCUCCUCUAGCCGCAGCACCCGGCCCCCCACCGACCGCGGCCCCGACAGGUCCCAACAUUUCAUGGCUUCCCGAAGCCCCGCUGCUGAGCCCAGACCAGCCUAUCUUCCUCAUGACUCCCGCGGCGCAGGCUGUGUCUGGCUUCUUCGUCUGGACCGCGCUCAUCCUCACCUGUCACCAGAUCUACAUGCACCUACGUUUCUAUAGCUCACCUAGGGAGCAGCGUCACAUCGUACGCAUCCUCUUCAUCGUUCCUAUCUAUGCCUUCGACUCUUGGCUCAGCCUCCUCUUCUUCACCAACGACCAGUACUACGUGUACUUUGACACCGUGAGGGACUGCUACGAGGCGUUUGUGAUUUACAACUUCCUGAGUCUGUGCUAUGAAUACCUGGGAGGAGAGAGCGCCAUCAUGGCUGAGAUCAGAGGGAAACCCAUCGAGUCCAGCUGUAUGUACGGUACCUGCUGUCUGAGGGGGAAGGCCUACUCCAUCGGCUUCCUGAGGUUCUGUAAGCAGGCCACUCUGCAGUUCUGCGUGGUCAAACCGCUCAUGGCAGUCAUCACCGUCAUCCUGCAGGCCUACGGCAAAUACAAGGACGGAGACUUCAAUGUUGCCAGCGGUUACUUGUACGUGACCAUCAUCUACAACAUCUCCGUUAGCUUGUCUCUGUACGCCCUCUUCCUCUUUUACUUCUCCACCAAGGAGCUGCUCAGCCCUUACAGCCCCAUGCUCAAGUUCUUGAUGGUCAAGUCGGUCAUCUUCCUCUCCUUCUGGCAGGGCAUGUUGCUCGCCAUCCUGGAGAAGUGCGGGGCCAUCCCUCAGAUUAACUCGGUGGAGGUGUCUGUCGGCGAGGGGACCGUCGCCGCUGGUUACCAGAACUUUAUCAUUUGCAUCGAGAUGUUUUUCGCGGCGCUGGCUCUGCGCCACGCAUUCACAUACACAGUCUACAUGGACAAGAGUCUCGACUCACAAGGCCGCUGUGCCCCCAUGAAGAGUAUCUCCAGCAGCCUGAAGGAGACCAUGAACCCGGGGGACAUGGUCCAGGAUGCCAUCCACAACUUCUCUCCGGCCUACCAGCAGUACACCCAGCAGUCCACGCUGGAGCAGGGGGCCCCGCCGCCCGUCUCCCGCACCCACAGCACCGUCAGUGGCCGCGGUGACACAGAGAAGACUCUCCUGCUCAGCUCCGAUGACGAAUUCUAGAGCAGAAGAUGUCACGAUUGCAGCUGAAUCGGAUUCAGACUGUUUUAACGGCGGAUGGUUCUUCAUCCUCCUGUGCAGCUUUGUGUGAAUGAGAGCUGUGCGUUUGUUUUUUCUGUUUUUGAGACUGAGUGCGAGGACCUUCCUGCAGAAACAUCUCUGCUCCCACAUUUCCCAGGCGUCUUAUUUGGUGGGAACAUUUAAAGCUGAUUUGGUGUUAAAACCGUCAGCUAGGGAAUAAAAAGGGUUGUGUUUGUUUUUGGAAAGUUUGUGAGUCACACUUACUGAAUCAUACUUGACUUUUGGAACGAAAGUUUUCCGGCUUGGUUAGAAGCUUGAUUUCACAUUUUAGCUCAGUCGUGUUUCCUUCGCUCAAAUGUGUUUCUCCGUGUUAAUCGUCUUAAUGAACGUUCUGGUUCUGGAUUGGUUUGCAUCUUGUAGGCCCUGUUGUUUUCUCAUUGGCUGUGUUUAUCAAGGUUUCCCCAUUUAAGUUGAAUUUGAAUCUUUUUUUCCAUGACUUAAAAUGAAAAAUAGCCUUUGAUUUUUAUAAAAGUUUAGAACUUUUAAUUUUGUGAACUUGAAACUACUAUUUAAAUAUAUAUAUAUUAAAUGAUAGAUUUGCAACAUUUAAACAAAUAACUUGGUCUGCAAAUACAUUAAUGUGCUUCAAAAAGAAGCUGUUUUCAGUAUCGUAGCUGUCUUGUGGUACGGUCAUAACAAUGUGGUACAAUGUUAUGGAAAAUAUAUUCUGUAAGUGAACGGUACCCUGGUGUAAUGUGGGAUUUUAAGGGACAUCCUUCUUCACUGCAGUGUGGGGAUGGAUUUAAAGGGAAGCCAAGUAAAAAAAAAAUGAGUUAAUGUCUGUUAUAUGGAUCAAUGUUGGUAUUGAUAUUAGUGGAACAGAUGAGAGCGAGGCAGAGCAGAUUAUAGAUUAUACAGUACAUCUGCUCCUGUAAAGCAGGAGUGAAGGGCAGGAGGAGCAGAGCUGGUCAGGAUUACACUGGUGUAAUUGGGGCGUUGUUUGAAUGGAUGGGAUUAAAUCUCGAACUGGUUCGCUCUGGCAGUAGACCUCUGCAGACCACAAUGUAGGUUAACUAGAUUGAGGGGAAAACAGAGGAGGAAUAUAGGUUAAAGCUAACUUUAGAUGCCUGUUCUCAAUAGAGGACCUCUGUCAUACGAAUUAAAGCUUUCAUCCUCAUGGUAUACAUACAUUAGUCCAAAUUUUAAGACAGUUCAAGUCACACUGAUAUGUAACGUUUGCUGCAGUGGGCUGACAUCUGAAAGACACUGUUGCUAGGGGACAUCCUGUCAACUUCUGUAGUGCACUACUACUAGAGCACAUCAUAGCUCCGCACAGCUUUGACACUAAACAUUUGGGAGGACCCAUUGUGCUGUUAAAUGAGUAACUGCCUGUGUCCUUGUUGAAACUGAAGUGAUCUUACAAUCUAGUUUUAUUUUAAAAAAAAAACACAAAGGAUAUAUGUAUGUCCUGAUGUCUUAGCAAAACUUAUUUUUAAAUGCCAUUUCAUUUGUUUGAGUAGUUUAAUUUCAAAGUAAUGCUUUUCAAAACUCCAUCCAUCUCAAGAUCUGACGCUCCCUAUCAGCUCCAAGUACUUAAGAAUAAGUCAAAUCCGUCCAAAUCAAGUGAGCUUUCUGCAUUUGUCCUGACACGCCCACCGUAGUGAUGCCUUCGUCAGGUUUCAGUAUUGUAAAGUUUUUGCUUGGAAGGUCUUAAGUCUUCAGCUAAACAUGUUUUUGCACAUUAUACAGUUCUUAUCCUGAGCUAUGGUAUAUUUAAAAGCUUAAAAAAAAGAAUCACAAGCUGAAUAUUAGCACCACAAUAUGAGUACACAUACUCUGUACACCAUGUUAUCAUCUUAUGCAUUUACAAUAUGUUACAGUCAAUAUUCUCUCAGUUAGAAAUAACAUGUAAGGCAUUAACUUCACAUUGUUUCUUUGACUUGGAUGCUCUUCUGUUCUUCCAGGCAGACUUUUUUUCUGUGUGUGUGUGUGUGUGUUGGAUUGAACUUAACCGCAGUCAGAGCUGGUUUAUUUUUUUCACAUAAUUGAAGUUCUUGAGUCAUCGGAAUGAGUCAUACUGAGUCUGCCGAUGUGUUUACUGUAACUACUUUCACUGCUCUGCUGUAGCUCUGCACGGACACCAGGGGGCCGUGUGGAGAACACUUGAACACUUUCACACUUUUAUCUACAAGCAGACGGGGCAGUUAUCACACACUUUAAGCCUGGUGCACAUUUAACUGAAAAAAUGCUUUGUCUAAGCACAAGUCCUUUGCAGUUUUGUCCGUUUGUUCUUCGGGAAGUAGAGGCAAACCCCAGCCUCAGACAGUGGUCGUGGGUGUUUUCUUUUUUUUUUAGUUCUGCUCCUGCCUGACAUAAUAUUGGUUUUAAACAGGAGAGCAGCCACGUCUGUGCACAGGAGCCUAUUUUUAGACAUUACUGGGUGUUGUCUGGGUAAUUGAGUUGCUACUUUUUUUAACACAGAUACAAACUGGAUUAUUUUGACCAUGACUGAGCUUCGUCCAGCUACAAAUGACCCUGCAAUCUUUUCUAAAAGCACUGGUCUGUUUGUUGCGUUGUGCACACCGUUUCUUGUCUGUAUAAAUGCAUUUUCAUGUUGAACCAACCGUGAAUGGACAACAUAGGCGUCUGAAUGACAGCGCAGAUAUUUUUAGGUUGAAGAAGUCUUUUGUGCUUCUUUAAAAAAAAAAAUCCUCUGAAUUGUCUUAUGAGCGUGAUGACACUCAAACUGAUGCAUUUGUUUUGUCGUACUACAGCUUCUAAAGGCACAUUCCCAUGCCUGAUAUUAUAAUUGUUGUACCGCACCUUGAAUGCCAUAAUUUACUUUCAAGCUAAAGACACAAGUCAUCCUGUUUCUCUUCGUUCUUUGUUAUUUGGUGAGACAAAUGACAUGUUCUCAUCAGAUUAUGAAUAUAACUGAGGAAAUUCUGUGGACUAAUGUUGUAAAUACAGGUUAAAGUGCUGUCUACAGGAGGGGUAGUAGUGAUGUAUGUUGAAAUAUUCAUGUAUGCUGUAAAGGUUGAGCAGAGGAGAAAAAAGACCUAGUUUUGUAUUUUUACUUCACGACUGUCUUUUUUUUAUUUCAAUGACUGUUUUUUUUUGAUUUUCUGUUCUAUGAUAAAGCUGCUCAUGAUGCUUCUAUUUCAUGUCAAAUGGAUCUGAAGAAAUAAAAGAUAUUUAGUCUGAUAUGUAAGUUAA